UUAUUUCACACUACUUUGGUGGCCGACCAGCAGGCCAAAUCAUAAUAACAUUGUUGGAGGAAACAGGAGAGAAUAUUGAACUAGAGAGAGAAAGAGGGCUAAAAGGAUGAGCUUUGGAGUAGUCGUUCCUGGGAGCAGCAACCGAGCCCUCCAUCCCCGCCCAAACCACCCCCAACCCCACCUCCCCGCCACCAGAAUCGGCGGGGGCGGCGGCGACGGCGGGGCGUGGCGAGUGGCUCCGAGGAGGAGGGAGGGGGGGACGGCGGCGGGGCUCAGCUCCUCCUUCCUUAGGACCCGGGCGGCCGUGGAGGAAGGGGGGUUCGUGGGGGCGAAUGGGAACUUCUACGAGCUCCUAGGGAUCUCGGAAGGCGGGAGCUACGCCGAGAUCAAGAAGGCCUACAAGCAGCUAGCGAGGAAGUACCACCCCGACGUCUCGCCGCCCGACCGGACGGAGGAGUACACCCGACGGUUCAUCGAGGUCCAGGAGGCUUACGAGACGCUCUCCGACCCCGGCCGGAGGGCGCUCUACGACCGUGAUUUAUCUCAGGGCUUGCAUCUUGCCUUCUCCACCAGGAGGCGAUUGGAUGAGGAAUUGGAGGAGAGAUCUGGUUGGAGGAACCGUUGGCAGGAUCAGAUUGCAGAGUUAAGGCGGAGGAGCAUGAACAAGGUUGCAGAGGAUAACCUAUCUUGGGGAGCUCGAAUGCACAGGCGAAGAGCUGAAUCAUCUAUUUAAUAGGGUCCUUAUGAUAAUAUGCAUACAUAUUCUACCUUACCAAUUUUCCUUCUAAAAGUUUGAAUUUGGUGGUUGUUCACUAUGCCAAACAAGCCGUCUACUUCACUAUCAACCUGGAGUUAUCAGCCUACACACUCCCAUGGAAUCACUUGACAAGCUUACCGAAGUCAUGCCCCAUCUCUUUUGUGGAUUCAGAGGUGAAAAAGAGAGAGAAGAAAAGCUUUACAUUUUUAUCAACCCACGCCACAUGGAGUUAUACUCACUCUUGAAAUUUGAUGGUGCAGAAAGAAUGAGCUAUUCUGUCAUCAUGACCCUGUUAAUUUGACUUUUCAUCCUCCAAUGUAAAUACCCAACUCCUACAUGUGUAUAUAAUGGAGCUCUACGUGAUAUUAUAACUGUGCUGUUUUAGUCAACAUAUGUUCAUUUAUGCAUGGGAGACACUGCGUAGGAAUUAACUCCAAUGAAUGUAGAUCAGAUUCUCUGCAUUUCUGGA